AUGGCAGAAACUGGCGAUGCCACCCAGCCCUUCCCUCUUCGGCCCACCCGCGGCUCGUCGACGCCCCACCUUCUCCUGGUAUUCUUUCAGCUCUUCUUCCUUUCGUCGCCGUCUUUUGCAGGACGCAGAUGGAUCGCCAUCGGCACGCUCUCAAUCCUGGCCAUUUGGGCCCAGCUGAGUCCCUGGACCCACAACCCCGGCGCCGCCAACUUCGCCGCAUUGGCCUGGCCGCAUUGGCUGGCCACCAUUGAGAAGUUCCUGAACGACACACCAACACCGGAAGCUGCCCUGUGGCCCGUUGACAAAGAUGCCGGGGUUGCACUGAGUUACUUUCCCUUCGGGUUUCGCAAGUUGAAGUGGGCCGUGGCCUUGAUUCUCAAUCUGCGUGGAAUUCGGUACAACUUCCAGGUCAAAAACGUGCAGAAGCCUCGCUUCACCUCCACCCAGCGCCGUGGCGUCAUUUUGUUCAUCCUUUGGCAGUCUAUGGAGCUGGCGUAUUUCAUGCUCAUGGGGGAUCUCGUAGCUCAGCUGGGCAUGAGGCUCUUCUUCCCGUCGGGGCCUGAUCAGCACGGCCGCAUCGAUAUGCAGCUCGACAUCCGCGAUGCCGAUUGGCGAAUGAGCUUCCUCAAAGCCCUGGUUUUCGGCUCCGGGCCUUACUUUUUCAUCAACAUGCAGUACACCCUCGUGUCAAUCUUCUUCGUCGCCAUCGGCGUAUCCAAGCCCGAGGACUGGCCGCCUCUUUUCGGGCGCCUGGCCGAGGCCACGACCGUCCGCUCCUUCUGGGGUAAAUUCUGGCACCAGAUGAUCCGCAAGGUUGGCCUCCCCUCCCCCCGCCCACCCUCCUCUCUGGCCCUUUCCCAGCUGACGUCAAAAAAACCCCAACAGCCGCUGCAGGGCCUCACCCGCCGCAUUGUGGACGUCGUCGGUAUCAAGCGCGGCACCAACACGUCCUCCUACAUGCAGCUGUGGUUUUCCUUCGCCAUCUCGGGCGUCAUGCACGCGGCGUCCAUGACGCUCAUGCCUUGUCCGGCCAGCGUCUCCGAGUGGGACCGGUGGAGCGGGCUGGUGUUUUACUUUCUGUGGCAGGCGGCGGCCAUCACGUUCGAAGACUUCGUGCUUUUCGUGUGGCGUAGCGCGUUCGGCGGUGGCGGCGAGAGCCGCACGUGGAAGAGCGUCGUGGGAUACGUCUGGGUCACGUGCUCGUUCUGGUUCUCGCUGCCGAUGGCUGCCGAUGUCAUGUUGAAGCUGAGGAUGGGCGAGGUGUCGCCGUUUCCGUGGACUCUGUGGGGGCCCCUUGUGGAGAUGCUGUUCCCGCAGUAG